CCCAGAGCACACCCUCAUCACGUGGCCGGAUGUAGUUCGGCGGAGAAACAGGAAGCGUUACCGCAGGGAGAGCGAGGGAGGUGGAGUGGGGCGCUUGAAUGAAACGGGCAGGCCGUGAAAACACUGCCAUCUCUCAAAUCAGGACUGCACUGGCCACGGCUGGGAUGUGGGUGGCAUCAUGAGCGUGAAAGCUUUUGAGCUGGUUCCCGCCGUGGAGCGGGAGCAAGUGAUGGGUGAAAAGGUGCGGAUAAACAUCGAAUGCAUAGAGUGCUGCGGCAAACACCUGUACCUUGGCACCAAUGACUGCUUCAUCCAUCACUUCCUACUAGAGGAGCACACUACAGCCAAAGGUAAGCUGGCCUAUAAUGUCCAGAAGCUCCUCCACAAAUACCUGGGCCUGAAAAAGCCAGUGGCAGAGCUGAAGGCUGCCUCUGCGUUGGAGCGUCUAAUUGUCCUCUGUGACUCAAGCAUCACUGUUGUGGACAUGGUUACUCUGGAGCCUGUACCCACUGGCGGCACAAAGCUCAAAGGUGUGACUGCGUUUUGUAUCAACGAGAAUCCAGUGACGGGGGACGCGUUCUGUGUGGAAAUGGCAGUGGUUUUGGCACGCAGACGGGCCGUCCAGAUCUGUACGGUCCAUGAGGACAGAGUGCAGAUGUUAAAGGAAGUGACCACACCAGAGCAGCCCUGUGCCCUGAGCCUGGACGGAUACAAUAUCUGUCUAGCCCUGUCCACGCAGUAUAUGAUUCUCAACUACAGCACAGGAACCUCUCAGGACCUGUUCCCUUAUGACUGUGAAGAAAGGAAACCCAUUGUGAAGAGGAUUGGCCGGGAAGAGUUUCUCCUGGCUGCUCCAGGCGGGCUUGGGAUGUUUGCUAACGCGGAGGGCAUAUCUCAGCAUGCUCCGGUGAGCUGGUCAGAGAGCGUGAUUGCGGCGGCUGUGUGUUUCCCGUAUGUGGUCGCUCUGGAUGAAGGCUUUGUGACAGUUCACAGCAUGUUGGACCAGCAGCUCAAACAGACGCUGUCGUUCAGAGAUGGACACCUUUUACAGGAUUUUGAAGGUAAGGUGGUGUUGGCCUCUUCAAAAGCGGUGUAUAUACUGGUUCCUCUCCCUCUGGAGCGUCAGAUCCAAGACCUGUUGGCAAGCCAUCGAGUCGAAGAGGCCCUGACCCUCACCGAGGCGGCACAGAGAAACAUUCCCAAAGAAAAAUAUCAGAUAUUGCACAAAAGAAUUCUCCAACAAGCAGGAUUCAUCCAAUUUGGCCAGCUUCAGUUUUUAGAAGCAAAAGAGCAUUUUAGGAAAGGACAGCUGGAUGUACGGGAGCUGAUCGCUCUUUAUCCGCUGCUCCUUCCCGCCUCUUCCUCUUUCACGCGUUGCCAUCCACCACUUCAUGAAUUUGCUGACUUGAACCACCUGACGCAAGGAGACCAGGAGAAGGUACAGCGCUUCAAACGUUUCCUCAUUAGCUACCUGCACGAGGUGCGUAGCAGCGACAGUGCUAAUGGUUUCCAUGAAGAUGUAGAUACUGCAUUGCUGAAGCUCUAUGCAGAGACCGGCCACGAGAGUCUCCUUGACUUGCUGGCCUCCGAUAAUGCCUGUGUCCUGGCAGACAGCGCCCCCUGGCUGGAGAAGCAUCACAAGUAUUUUGCUCUUGGGCUUCUGUAUCACUACAACGGUCAAGAUUCUGCUGCUUUACAGAUGUGGGUAAAGAUUGUCAAUGGCGAUCUCCAGGACUCAACGCGACCAGAUCUGUUUGAAUAUGUUGUGGAUUUUCUUAGUUUUUGCUCCAACCUUGAUCUUGUGUGGCGGCAUGCAGACUGGGCACUACAGAAGGAUCAAAAGAUUGGUGUGCAGAUCUUCACCAAACGGUUUACGUCAGAGGAGAAGACGGGCCAGUUAAACCCAGAUGACGUGAUCACGUAUUUGCAGAAUCACAGUCAAGCCCUUCUGCUCUACCUGGAACACCUUGUUCUAGAGAAGAGACUGCAGAAAGAGAAGUAUCACACACAUCUAGCUGUGCUGUAUGCAGAAAGAGUGCUGGGCCUGAUCUCACGACCAUCAGCCACUGAUGACCAGCUGUCUGCUGCCCGCCAGAAACUACAACGUUUACUGAAAGAGUCUAAUCUGUACAGGGUCCAGUUACUACUAGGUAAAAUUCAGGACUCCGAGCUGCUGCUGCUUGAGCGAGCUACACUACAUGGGAAGUCAGAGGAACAUGACAAGGCCUUGCACAUUCUAGUGCACCAGCUCAAAGACUCGGCUGCAGCUGAGGAAUACUGCUCUUGGGCCUCUGCGACUCAUGACCAGUUCUACCGUCAGAACCUUUUCCACCAACUCUUGAGUGUUUACUUGGACCCCGAUGUACCAGGAGGGGCACAAACAGUAGCUGCCGUUGACUUGCUUAACCGGAACGCUGACGUUUUUGAUGCAGUGCGUGUGUUAAAGCUCCUCCCAGAGGAGUGGUCUCUACCGUUACUCCGUCCUUUCCUGUGCGGGGCGCUGAGGGCCAGUGUGCAUGCACGGUGCACUUCCCAGGUUGCUGUGGGGCUGGCCAGAGCACAAAAUCUCCAGCUUCAGCAUGACAGGCUGAAGUAUCGAGGCGGCCCAAUAUUAGUGUCUGAAAAGAAAGGAUGCCAGCUGUGCCACAAUACCUUUAGCGAGCCAGACUGCGCCUGCUUGCCCGGCGGAACGCCUGUCCACAUUCACUGUGUCGCCAAGAAAACCCUGAACUUACCAGUAGAGCGGCAACACGAAAACGCCCACCGCAGCAACCACACAUGAAGCUGAUGAGUACCGUGGGGCAGUGGACAAAUGCUGGCGUCGCACCUGUACCGCACACACGGGGAGAAGGCUGAGUGCAUAGAACAGCCGUUCAGAGCCCACGCCAGAGCACUUGGUGUGACCAGGACCUGCAAAUGAGUGUGUGGAUGUCUGAUUACUAUUUAUUCCAUAAUCCCUCUGUGUGCACACACAACACUGACAAUGAAUAUGAGAAUAUUUUAAUGAACGUCAUACAAAAACUCUAAAGAAAACCUGACAAUGUCUUUUUGGUCAGUUGAUGUUUUUAGCAUCGCCUUAUGAUGACUGGUCCAGUGGCUUUUUAAAUGGAUGGUGUCCAUAAUAACUAUUGCUUGCAAACUGUUUGGGGUCUGGAUACUAGUGUCUUGACUGUCUGUUCUCUGUGAGCAGAAUUAUCAAAAAUGAGUGUAUGUGAUUAAGCUGGUCAAUAGUUUUCAUUAAACAAACAAAACGCCAAAAUUACUUGCCCUGUUCUCAGAGAGUGACAAGUUAUAGCCUUAACUGAUUACGUCAUGAUUCAUUUAAUGUAAGGGAGCAAUGCUCAAAAAAGACAUUAUUUUCAUAAUUUCAUUAUGAGUAUUGUUUGUGGUCAUAAUAGCUAUUUUAAACAAUUUAAUAGAGAUAAAAAUGGAAGAUUUUCCAUGUUCAUUUAUAGUCUGAUCUGGAAAAACUUCAAAGUUACAUCAGUGUUAUGUAAGAUUCUCCAAUGAAAGUCUGAUUAAUGAGCACAACCCAAGAAAGAUAUUCUUGUGUCUCUCUCCCUCCUUUCCACGUCAGAAGGUUAACUUGGCUUGAUAUUUCCAUUUGAAGUCAAGUUUAAGUGAUAUUUAGUCAAAUUGUAGCCAUAUCAAACAAACCAAUGGACUCAGGCUGUGCUGUGUUUGUGUACGUUAUAACUAAAUGCUAAAGUGCAUA